AUGGCUAAUCUCGCAAGUGAAUUCGCAAUGAAAGAUCUAGGGCCUUUGAGCUACUUCUUGGGAAUUACGGUUACCCGGCACAAAGACUCUAUGUUUCUCUCUCAACAGGCAUAUGCUCAUGACAUUAUCCACCUUGCAGGUAUGCAGUCAUGUAAACUAGUCGAUACACCGGUUGACACCCAACCAAAAUUAUCGGCCACAUCAGGAGAGCCGUUUGAUGAUCCAUCACUGUAUCGUAGCUUGGCAGGUGCGCUUCAGUACCUCACUUUCACCAGACCUGAUCUGAGCUACGCAGUUCAGCAGAUUUGUAUGCACAUGCAUGCGCCAAUGCACUCCCACUGGCAGGCUCUCAAACGAAUCAUUCGUUACCUACAGGGCACGACUUCAUAUGGCCUUACACUUGAACCAUCCUCUUCCGUCACUAUGACUGCUUACACGGACGCCGAUUGGGCUGGCUGCCCUGACACAAGACGCUCGACUUCUGGCUACUGUGUUUAUUUUGGACCCACCCAUCUCUCCUGGUCGUCCAAACGUCAGCCUACGAUCUCUCGGUCCAGUGCUGAAGCCGAGUACCGGGGCGUUGCUGACGUUGUUUCAGAAAUCUGUUGGCUACGUAACCUUCUUCUCGAGCUCCGCCACCCGCCUACGAAAGCUACUCUCAUCUAUUGUGACAACGUCAGUGCUGUUUACCGGUCAGACAACCCAGUUCAGCAUCAGCGAACCAAGCACAUCGAAUUGGAUAUUCAUUUUGUUCGCGAACAGGUUCAACGUGGUCUAGUUCGUGUGCAUCAUGUCUCCUCUCGCCAUCAGAUAGCAGACAUCUUCACAAAAGGGCUCCCUCGAAAUCUAUUUGAAGAUUUUCGAUCCAGUCUCAGCAUCCGUAAACCUCCAGCUUCGACUGCGGGGUUAUCUUAG